AUGGAUGUAAUUGAUAGGUUCAAAUCAGGACUAUUCGUCCGCCGACUCAAUGUGAAUCCAGCAUACAAUCCCAACAUAAAUCCGGUAGACGACACUUUCUCCGGAAUUGUGAAGGACGUCCGUCAUAGUGUGUUCCCUGGCCAAUCUACUAUCAGUUCAAGAAGCCCCGUUCCCUGUCUACCUUCCCCAGUCUCUCAAGAGACCCCACUUCCACUACUCAGCGUCUCUAUCGAGGUCGACAUUAAUGGCAGAUUCUGUAACACCAAGAUCACGCAGAAAUUCACAAAUGCUUGCGCAGACGCCGCACAGGAUGCUCGAUACUUGUUUCCAAUCUACGAUGGGUCGGUCGUCACCUUUUUCCAAUGUUGGAUAGGCCCGGACAGGCUUCUCGAGGGAGCCGUUAAACCCAAAGAAGUCGCACGUCAAGAUUUCCAGCAAGCAGUUUCGCGGCACAAAGCAGCUGUGCUGAUUGAAGAAGUAACGCCGGAAAUUCUCGAAACGAAUUUGGGAAAUAUUCCCGCAGAGACAACCGUCAAGGUCGUCAUCGCUUACACCCAUCUCCUCAAAGUGGACAACAGCACAGGAGGACUAGUUCUCAGCAUCCCGACCUCUGUCGCGCCGCGAUAUGGAACCCCUCCGCAAGGAUACGUCGCAGGUGAUUCUCUACCUACCGAGGGUCUUCGGGUCAAUAUUCAAGUAUCUAUGCCAGCAUCCAUCCGCAAAAUGGAGUCGGGUACACACCCAAUCUCAGUCGAAAUCGGGGCAGUCUCUCACCAGAGCUUCCAAACGUUUGCAGCAGGAGCUUUUUCGGAGAAUUUCGACCCUUCCAAGGCACGCGCUACCUUAGCAGACAGGUCGGCUGUUCUUCAUAAGGAUUUCAUAUUAUCUAUUGUCCUCUCCAGCUCGCGAGAAUUCAUGCAAUCACAAGCAAUUGCUACUUCGCAGAGGGAAAGCCCCGGUCAAUCUACUGUGGCUGUCACUAUCAGCCCUGGGAAUCUGUUUCUACAAAAUGUGAAUACAGAAGAUUUUGACGGCGAGAUUAUUUUCAUGGCCGACCGAUCUGGUUCCAUGCAGGAAAUGAUACCGUCCUUAAUUGACGUGAUGAAUGUUUUCCUGAGGAGUCUUCCGCAGAAGUGCUCUUUUAAUAUUGCUUCGUUCGGUUCAAGAUUUUCAUGGCUCUGGCCUUUCUCACAGGCCUAUAGUCAAGAAGAUCUAGAUACCGCGACUCGUCACGUCCAAUCAUUUAAAGCAGACUUUGGGGGGGACCGAGAUAUUGACAGCACUCCAAAAAGAGUUGCUGUUCCAACAAACGUGAUUCUGUUGACGGAUGGUGAAGUGUGGGAUGUGGACCGAGUGAUUCAGUUCGCGAAAACAACAGCUUCUAACCGCGAAUUGAAUGUAAGAUUUUUUGCUCUGGGUAUUGGUGAUCGUGUCUCACACAGAUUGGUUGAGGGCAUCGGACAGCAGGGCGGGGGGUGCGCAGAGGUCGUCACAGAGUCUUCUGCGGGGGCUUGGCAAAAGAGAGUUAUCCAUAUGCUCAAGGCAGCUUUGACUCCCUCUCGUCUGCAAUGCGAAGUAGAUAUUGGCCAGUUACCUCUGAUGGACACAGAUAUUUUCGAUACGGGUGGACUCUCCGGCUAUAAGCUGAGGCUGCCGCCCUGCAUCCAAGCACCGCACCACAUUCCCAUGCUAAAUACCUUUUCUCAGUUCUCGCUUUACUAUAUGCUUGACUGCGAACUCGGGUCUCUACCCGAAUCAGUUACUAUCACAGCAGUAACCGACAAGGGCGAGAAACUCAUUGCGCAAUUACCACUGCAGAAAUCCGCCAAGAAGCCUGGAUUGCACUAUCUUGCAGCGAAAGCUCUGAUGAACGAUUAUGAGACUGGCCAGAGCUGGAUGCAUACAGCAGGAUCGUCUCUCAAGUCCAAUGAGCCACCAGUUUUUGAUGAGAUAUUGAAGCAAGAGGCCCAGCGUUUUGGGCAACAAUGGUCCAUCACUAGCAAGUGGACGAGCUUUGUCGCUAUCGACCGGGACACUGCCUAUCGUCAUGAAAUAUCGCUCUGCAAGGCGGAUAGUGUCGAUGUUUCCGAACUUACGCGCCCCCGGAAGUUUCAGGUUCCUGUCCAUUCCCAGCUGGGGCUCCCAUUUAUGCACCAGCCCACUCGCUCCUUCCAAUCCUUAGGAAAGGGCUACCAGGGCAUACCCCGAAAGCGAGGCCGGCCUGGUAUUCCUGCUAGUGCUGGCUUGUUGAGGUCUCUAAGUCGCCCUGGAAAGCGCUCUUCAACCUCUGGAGAUACCAAUACUUCUAGUGACCCGCCAUUUGACAAUAGCAGUAGUGCUGGGAUCUCAAUUCCUGAUCUUCUCUCUACCGCGCCGAUGUCCUUUGGGGAUGAAGGCGUAGAUGACGAACAGAUGUAUUCUAUUCCAAUUCACCCAUCCUACUCUGUACCACCUUCACAUUUAAUCGGAUUCCCCGGCCCAGCAGGUCCAGCAGGACAGUCGAACACAUUCUCCGCCAACGGACCACCCGCCGCAUCGGUGAUGCGGGAACCGGGCUACCUCCAUCAACCCCAGCUCCAGGCCGACGGCUCGCGCAACAGCCUUACCUCAAUCAACACACAAGAGUCACAUAACGCGUCUCUCAACUCGCUCAGUACGGGAAAGUCCCCUACGCAGAGCGCCGAACCCGGCAUUACCUCUAUUUCCGAAGAAUAUGAUCAUAUCUCCCCUUUUGAUGAAUCUUCAUACUGCUCCGACGUCCCUUACAGUACAGGAAGUGCUCCAGUCGCCCAGGCCAAUCAGGUACCAGAACCGUCGCAGACUGGUCAUUACGCCCAGUCACAGUCACAUUAUAUUGACUCGAUUCCAAAUCUAACCUUUGGAAUGACUGGAUCUGAAGAUUACCCUGGCUGGGGAGCCCCUGAAGAGUACCCCGGCUGGGGAGCCCCAGUUACCUCAGAAUCAGAUCCAUGUGCAAUAGCGGUUACGCCGCCAAAAGACUCCCCACAAAAUAGUCUUACCCUUUCUCUCCCAGAGAUUCUCUCCACUCAAGCAGCAGAUGGGAAAUUCCGGCUCCUUCGUUCGCCCAUAAAGGAUUCUCUUAUGGCGCAAUUCAACAACAUCGUGGUUUAUCGUCGUUGGGGUACCAUCAAGCUAGUGCCAGUGACAAGCCAGACCAACGAUCCCACCUCGAUUGAGCUCAACAUCCACGCAGUCGUGUAUAUAACAAACCGCCACGCUGACUCAAAAGGGCUGUGGGAGCUUCAGAUAGAAAAGGCCCGACGGUGGAUACUGAAGAAGCUGGCAAAACACCGUGGCCCUGUGAGACAGAGGGCGUUAUUUCAAAUCCGAGAGGCUCGAUACUUGCCCGAAUCUUAUUUGAAGAGGAUGGAGGAGCUCCUGCGUGCAGAGCUCGUGCCAGAGUUGAGGGAAGGAAGUGCUAGUGGUUUGAUUGGUGAAUCGGGCAAUACAUCUUCGGCUUGA